AUGUGCCCCAAGGGUCACUUCUGCCCCGCGGGGACCACCAACAGCCGCGUUUGCCCCAUAGGCACAUACGGCCCCACAAAGGGCCUCACAGAUGCAUGCGUUCCUUGCCCUGAAGGCCGUCUCUGCACUGACGAUGAUGGCCUCACGGCCCCCAGCUCCGAUCAAUGCCCCGAGGGGAGCUACUGCCCAGCAGGCGCCAUCAGCCCCCGGCAGUGCCCCGUGGGGACCUACAACAACAAAGAGGGACAGGGCGACCAGGGCGGGUGUCUUGCAUGCCCCGCAGGAAAAUACUGCGCAACCACUGGUCUGGACCAGCCCACAGGCCAGUGCGAUGAGGGUACCUGGUGUAUUUCGGGGUCUCAGAUAAAAGACUCUUCUUUGGCUUAUCUCCCCAGCUCUGUUAUCCAGUGCCCCGCAGGCUACACAUGUGCAGCAGGAGCUAUUGUGCCUGAGGCCUGUGCUGCGGGGACCUACAAAGACAAGCAGGGGGCAGCUGCAUGCGCCGCGUGCCCCGCGGGGGUUUACUGCGCCCACACGGCGCUGACAACAGCAGCAGCUGACGGCCAGUGUUUCGCUGGUUUUUAUUGUAAAGGGGGAUCCACUACACCUACACCAAAAGAUAAAACACACGGAGAUAUCUGUCCUAAGCAUAGCUACUGCCCAAUAGGUUCUGCUGAGCCCACUGAGUGCCCCGACGGCACUUACAACCCCUACACAGGGAUGUCUAAGUGCCCUGACUGCACAGCUGGCUUUAUAUGCAUCAACCAGAAGCAGAAGCCUUGCCCCCAGGGGGGCUACUGUCCCCCUGGUCAGUCGGAGGAGACCCCGUGUGCUGCUGGCACGAAGGGCCUCUCUGAGGGCCUCACAGCGCAGGAGGACGGGGCCUGCCCCUACGGCAUGUACUGCCCCGCGGGGACCACAGAGCCCCAGCGCUGCCCCGAGGGCACAGCCACCACCAGUGAGGGGGCGAAGGCCGACGACGAGUGCCAGCAGUGCCCGGACGGGUAUCUAUGUAAUUCCUUAACUGUAGUCCCCAUAAUUUGCCCCGAGGGCUCCUACUGUCUCCGCGGAGAGGAGACACCCCGCGCCUGCCCGGCGGGGACGUACCAGGGCGCCCGGGGGGCGGCUGCGGCGGACACGUGCACGCCGUGCGAGGCGGGUUACUUCUGCCCCACUGAGGGUAUGGAGUACUACGUCAACAGCGUUUGCCCGUGGGGCCACUACUGCCUGGAGGGCAGCGCAGAGCCCGAGCUCUGUCGCCCCGGCACCUUCAACGACAAAGUGGGCACGCAGGACGCUGAGCAGUGCAAGCCAUGCCCUGAAGGGUUUUCUUGCUCUGGGGAGAAGGCCCUUUACCGCUCUGACGGAGACAGCCCCGUGGUGAUAGAGAUGGAGGGGGGCGUGCUGCUGCAGCGGGGUGACGCCAGCUACAGGACGGCGUGUGUGCCCAAGGCCUAUUGCCCUGAGGGGUCUAUAAAGCCUAUCCCCUGUCCCCCCAACUUCUACUGCCCAGGAGAGACUGUCUCCCCCAUCGCCUGUCCCCCCAACCACUACUGCCCCGAGGAGACAGACACCCCGCUGCCCUGCCCCGACGGCUACUUCUGCCCUGGCGGCGAAGAGAAACCCUUCACCUGUCCCGCUGGCAGCCGAGCCAUCGCCACCUGCGAGGAUUCCUUCACCGUCGAGGACUGCUGCGAGCUCUGCCCUGCUGGGACCUACUCGGACGCCGAGGCCUCUUCUGUCUGCACGGCCUGCAGCGCGGGCUACAUAUGCACAGAGGGAUCGACGACUCCAACACCUUCCACCAGCGGUGGUUAUAUUUGCCCCGCUGGGUACUACUGCCCCUCUGGGGCUGUGACGCCUCAGCCCUGCUCGCCAGGGACAUACAGAGAAGAAGAAGGGGGCACAAGCGCCGCAGACUGUUUGCCUUGUCCUUCGGGGACCUAUCAGCGCUUCAUUGCAAUGACGUCUUGUGAUAAAUGCGGGCCCAACUCUGUCGAAGACCAGGAGGAGGGGGCCUUCACCUGUACCUGUCUGGGCGAGGGCCGGGUCUAUCAAUACGGAGACAAGACUUGCCCCUGCCAGAGCCGAUACGUGAGCUACGACCACCACCUGGAGGUAUCGGAGCUGGAGGACGGGACACUGAAUUGUCAGCCUGUGACGCUGAAGAGAUGCGGGCAGCUGGAGCAGCGAGAUUACCUGGGGCGUUGUGUGUCAGCAGCAGACUGCACAGAAGCUUGCGGCCCCGAGGGGGGCAGCUUCCUCAGCACUGUCGGUGUAUGCGAGUGCGCCAAAGCCAUCGCAGAGACAGCGCAGUGCGAUGGCAGCUGCAAGGCAGCGCUGCCCACGGUAGUACUGGAGGGAAAGGAAAUGGCGUUAAAAUAUUCUGAGACAGAAGAAACAACUAUCCUGCAACACCCAGAUAUAGAUCUUUCUGAAGCCUAUUUAUACUGUACUAUGUUUAGGCAACUGUUCGCUGGUAUUUCAAUCCCCUGCGACAUCCAUUUCCAACGGGCAGAUGAAUCGGGGCUGCAUGCGCUUUAUGUCCCCCCAAGCUCUCUCUGGUCUCCGUCGCGUCGCUGGCACAGUGGGCCUCAGAGUCGCCGCUUGUUUUCUCGGGCCCGCCGGAGCUCCUGGCUUGCAAGUGGAGGCAGUAAGAGGCUGAGCAGCGACCACGAAGUAUAUACUCUACAGGGAUCAGGGGCCCUUGAACAGCCCCGGCGCGGUGCUGCACAGUUCAGAAACUCUUAUACAGAGCGCUCGAUCUCGGCGCUGCAGUCUAUGACCGUCGACAACUCCGUCAUCUGUAUCAUCCAGGGCUCCUCAAUUGUAUGGGAGCUCAAAGACGGAGUUUACCCCAUAUACGUCACGGAUUCUCUCUUGAAUACAGGCAACACGUUCGACAGCAGUGGCCUCAGAGCACUGGCGAAACAGGUUGAGGAGGGGAAGAGCCCCAGUUUCUUUAUUCAAACUUUUGAGGCUGAGGGGACCUUCGUCUUCGCCUCAUCGAUGCAAAACUCCAAACUUUCGCUUGUGCGAGUUCUGCCCCCAGGCAUGGAUUGCCCAGGAGACACUGGAUAUCCUACUCCCAUUCGUCUCCGCGCACUGAGCCUGUUGGCUAUAUCUCUAUGGACAAACAAUAUCUUACUCGAUCCAGACUGGGUCCUUCUUGUGGGGUUGCUGCUAGCACUGGUGUUCGUCGUGCUGAUCCUCCUCAGCAUAGCUGCUCGCUUCGUCCGCCACCGCUGGCCUUCUGCACAGCCACCAAGCAAUGUAGUAUCUGCUGUUUGCCUUGAAGGCUGUACUACGCUGGCUCUCAGAAACCAUAAAGAGCCUCAACAUCUAGCAGCAGGUUUCUAUUCUAGUUACAUGAGGCCGACGGGUUCAACUCGCAUCGUACACUACAGAAUACGAGAUGAUCUGCUCGACAGCACGGAACAAGAGCAAUAUGAUCCUGUUGCCGAUGUAAAGCCGGCUCUUGACCGCCUGCAUGUUGAAAUAGACAUUCAGGACCUCCGCGUCGUGCAAGCAACUCUUGAGAAACUGUGCGACAUGAGAAGGGCAGUUACACAUCUGCUAGACCAGGAGAUGCAACGCGAAAAGGAGACGUGCGCAGAAGCAACUCAGCUGGUUGGGAAGAUGCUGGCUUCGUUGCAAGAAAGGGUUGACUCAGCGCAGCUGAAAGGCACUUUGUCAAUAAGCAGCCGGCACGUGACCGCGCUGCUGCGUUGCAUCUUGUCGGCCCUUCAAGGGCCUGAGAAGCGCCAAGAAGCUGAGGAGAAGCUCAGAGAACUCGAUGGAGAACUUCAAGCCAAGCAAGGUCAAGAACAACCCGUUCUCAAGCGGGGAAAUGCGGGCAACAAGGAAGCAGAGAUACUGAGGGCUUGUGUCGCAAAGGCGGGCCCAUCUGUCUUUGACUCCCUGGAUGUAGCCAUCAGGACUGCAAAGGAAACCAAGGAGUCGGUGGAAGAUAUUCAAGAGGUCACCGAUCAGUUUUCUUCGAAGGCUACAACAGACCCCGACGGCCAACGACACUUCAUGUUGGCUUCGGUGUACGACUUGCUGCUGAAACGCGAGUCCAAGCAGGUUGCUGCCCGGUUCAAAAGUCUAUCGUAUUUGCACAGACAUGUGGACCUGGCGGAGCGUAGAAUGAAGGAAAAAAUUGAUGCUUUCACAAACAUAUGCAAUAUCUCCAGACAAGAAAUGUUGUCUCUUCAAGUCACCCAGAGCACUGGCAUCUUAGAGUGGCAGCAAGCCAGUCUCAUCGAAAGGGCCAGGGAAGAUGACCGACUCCUAAGCGACAUGUCAGGCCCGCUGAGUCGAGUCUUUCAAGAGGUGCUAGCAGAAUUGAUGGUAGCCCGCGACGACGAAGUUCCUUCUGUUGUGAACAACCUGACGGGCUCUAUUGGGUCUAUCAUCCAGCAGAAGUGCGCCAAGUCAGUUGGCAACUGGACUCAGUCGGCCUACACCCGCAAUGCAGGGAAGCAGCUGAAAGAAUUGAAGCAACAGCAGGAAACACAAAUUAAAGCGAAGACAGACGCACAGAUGGAACUGCUGCGGACUUCGCUGCAAACUGCUCAUGACGCGAUAGCGAGACAUUCGCAUGUGUUGGCUGACCGCGAAAAGUCUGCACUGGCGAAACUCCAUAAGGCCUUUAAGAAAGAAAUUCGAUCGAUUUAUGCAGCUGCAGCUGAAAAGGCGGCUGCAGCAGCAGAUACACAGGCUGCAGCUUCAAGCUUAGCGCGCAAGUGCAAAGGCAGCUCAGCAGGACUCAUACAGGAAAUGGUAACAGCUCAUCUCGUUACGUCUGAGGAGGAGGCUGAUGGCCCGCAAACACCUCUAGCUUUGGACCCAGAGCGCAUUGACGAGAUGAAGAAGCGCGCACUAGAAGCCGUGGCAGCAGCUUUCUCUAGGCGUGAGGAGUUGCAAAAACAGUGCGAGGCUCUCAGGCUCGAACAUUUAGAAAACCGCCAUCAAGCCCUGCAAAAGUUCAUCGCGGAGUCAUCUCGGCUGGCUUCCGAUCGAGCACGAGGUGCAGUCGCCAAGAUUUCAGUGCUGGCUGAGACCGCUGCAUCGGAAGAGGCUAGUCUUGGGGCCCCUCUAUUGCGGCAUAUGGGUCUAUCGCGAGCUUUCGAGGACUUGUCUCAAGUUCGCGCUUUGCCUGAUACUACCAGAGAUCGAAUCCAGGAACUCAGGGAACAGCAAAAGGCGGGCUUUCAGAACCUUAUAGAAUCCCACACUAAGCAAUUCAGAGUCGCACACGCGGUGGCGGUUGUCGGCCUCAAACGCACAAACGGUCGGUACAUUGAGGGAUUGAAACAAGCAAUGUUCACACACCGAGAAGAGACAGAUAGUUUGGCUAAGGAGGCAGCAGAGAAGAUCGCAGCUCUCCAUCGAGAAGACAUGAGAGAGAGGACGCAGCUUAAGGUUCUAGUGGAGCAAAGUAUAUCCCAGGGCUUCCUAUUGGGGGUAGAAGCAGACGUCCGCGCCCAAACGUUCCAGAAGCAGCUGAACCUCCUGGAGGGUUACAGGGGUCACCAAUACGAUAUUCAUGAACUAGAAUCUCGGCUUAAGGAGUUAGCCAGCGGGGAGCAGGAUACAAUCAAGCGCGCACGCGACGAAGAGGAAUCUCGGCUUACCGGCGAAAUUACAUCAUUCGAGAUGCUAAGUGCAAAGGAGGAGGAGCUGCUCGAGCUCCUUCACACAGAAAAAAUGCGGGGCAGCGAUGUAACACAUCUGGAGAUUGCUGCAACCGAAGUACACGAAGCGGAAGUCCAGAGUACCACUGCUCGGGUUACCGAGCUGCUGCUGCAGCAUGCAGAAACGAAGGCAGCGGCAAUGAUCAGCAUAUCUACUGGCGGCGCUUCAAGUGUAGACGCAGACAUAGCUGAUUACUGCUCAAGCUGGGAGAAGGUGCUCGCUACAUCAGCAUCAAAUAAGGCUGAAGAGACGCAGAGGCAAAAGGCGGCAUAUGGCGAACGUAUACGCAGCCUUUCCAAGUCCCAGGAAGCUAACAAAGCUUCACGGCGCAGGCAGCAGCUGCACGUCUCUCAUGAAAUCAUGGAGCUACAACAGUACCAGGGCCCGCUGGCGAAUGAAAAGGGCCGCUUUAUGAAUGACUUGCUGCACCAACUCGCUCUCCACCAGGCGGAUAUCGAGUUUGAAAGGGAGAAAGCCCGAAUAACUGGCAAGCAGGAAGAGGAGCUACGAGCAGUAGAGGCUGAACUGGAACAGCUCGAAGCCUUAGACCAACAGAUGCAACAGGCAGGUUCCGCAGCAGCAGGAGACGCAGCUGCAAAUGCAGAAGGGUCAUCUGAAACUACCGGAGGGGCUCAGCAGACGGGAGAAGACCAACAAAAAUCCAGCGCGGAAGCGGGAUCAGCUGAGGAAGCAAGCGGGAGCCCCGAUGGGCUUGAUAAGAGUGCAGAGAGCGCUGAUGGUGAGGAGAGUGGAGAAGGCGGGCGACAAUCAGCGACGCAGCCCGACGAAGAAGCAGCGGCCAACAGACGGCGGCAGCUAGAGAUGGCGCUAGCUUCAGGGGACAUUAGCGCAGCCCAGGCGCAGCUCAUGGAGGAAUACCGAGAACGCAUGAGGCAGGCUGAGACAGCCAACGAUCAGGAAAGGCUAAUGCAGGACCAGCGCGCCCAGCAGUUGCUGCAAGAAAGACGACAGCGCCUGCUGGAAAAGAAGGCCCGCCUUCAAGCUGAGCAACAAAAAGCUCUGGAGGAACUGGAGAAGGAGAGGCAGCUGAAGCUUGAUAAGCUGCAGCAAGAACUGCAGCAAGACCUCGUUGACUUUUCCAUCGAAUUCGAAGUAGAACCACAAGAGCUCGACAAGCUUGCCAGGCAGUUCUGGACAGAAUCCAACCAAAGGUAUCAACGGCAGCUGCGAGAAAUGGAGAAGAGGCAUGCGCAACAAAUGGAGGAUGCCUAUGACCGUUUCAUUCAAGACUGGGCUGCGCGUCACGACGGCGAUAUCGACGCUGAGCUCCAGCUGCGGCAUGCAGGUUGGAGAGCUGCUUCACGGCACAUAGAGGACAACCAGUUGCACGAGAAGUGCGAGCUAGAAGAUUCAUGGCAAGCAUCCCUAGAAGGGAAACUAAAGCUGUUGGCUGCGAAAGGCAGCGAGACGGCGAAGGCAUAUUUGGAAGAGACGAAAGAGAUGAGAGCAUCCAUGGCUGAGGUGUGGAAGCAGCGGUUUGAGGCAAUUCACCAAGAACAGCUUGCCGCUCAAAGGGCAAUGCAGGAGAAGGAGGCAGCGUACAAGGCACAUGUUGACGAACGAAUCAAAGCUGUCGAGGCGCAAUGGGCACAAAAGCUAGUUGACCUGAAAAACGAAGAGUGGUCGAAGGUGCAACAAGCUCAGGAGCUGGCAGAAGCUGGUUUGCAGGAAAGGAGAAAGAUGAUUGAUGCGGCCAUUGAAGCAAGGGCGAAGGCAUGCAAAGGAGGAGCUGAAGGAGCAGACGGGGUGCACGGAAAUGCAGUGAACGAACGAUUGUUGAAUGAACUCGCAGCGGACUUGCGGCAGCUCCAGCAUGCCCUUCAAGCUGAAAAGAACCGCCAGAACGCCAUAUAUCACGAGAAAUUGCUAAACAGGAUGCAGCGGAGAAGGAAGCGCAUCAUUACGGAUGCAGCAAAGGAGCGAAAAGCCAUGGAGCAAGAAUCUAUUGAGCAGCAGGCACAAUUGCUCAGUCAGCAACUUCACCGGCAACGAUUUUUGUUUGGUCGGGCAAAAACCCACCAGGUGGCGCUCAAGUUCUCGCACCAGUGGCUGGCGAAAGCCCGGAAACACCUGCGGGCUCUUGCAGAAGGCACAGAUGAAGACGAGCGCAAGCUUCACGAAUUUUCGGAGAAGGAAUUCUAUAAAAGAUGCGCUCGCAUGCGCACGACACUGGCGAAGAGCAUGAAGCAAGUUGAAAUGCUCAUCAGGAAUUUGGUGCCGGAAAAGCGAUCACGAGAGUUAACAAAGGGAGAAGCCGGGGCAAGUCUUAAGGAGGAUCAUGAAAGCCAGGCCGCUCGCCUGAAAAUGUGCCUCCAGGAGGUUUCCAAGUCCACUGCCCAGCUCAACAUCGUCCAGCGCAGGUUUCUUGGUCCCCGCACCUAG